AUGGCACGCAGAGUGGCCAGGUCGGCCAGCCCUCAGGUAGAGCGUGGACCAGCGCCCAAGGCACGGACGUCACGGCCAGCUACCCAAUCACCUGGAAGGAGCCGGUUGGAGUCCCAUUUGAGAAGCCUGAGCAAGCUGCAGGCCCAUGUCCGAGUGGAAGCCGAGAUCGGCUCUGGCAACUGCAGUGUAGUGCUGCUGGGAAAGGAUCGUUCAGGCCAAGAAGUGGCUGUCAAAGCGAUUUCUUUGAAAGCUGCCAAAACGUUGGGUACCGACGAGCAACGCAUUUGGGGAGAAGUUCAGGUGAUGAGAGAAGUGCAACAUCCCAAUCUCGCUCAUCUUCUGGAUGUGAUGGCCAGCUGGGAACCUCUGCCACUGGUGAAGGCAGAGCCGCCCUUCUUGUGCAUCAUCAUGGAGUACUUGGCGCACGCUGAAGCGUUGUCGAAGCGGAUUAGGGAAGCCAGCCUCGGGCCAGUAGAGCGGAUCGUUCUUCAACUCGCCUCGGCCUUGGCCAGGUUGCAUCGCUCAGACAUCGUGCACCGAGAUGUCUGGGCCGAGAACAUCCUAAUUGACAGGCAAGACAAGGUUACACUACUUGACUUUGGCUGUGCUGAGCGUUUGCAGAAGCCAGCGACAAACAACAAGCUAAAUCUCCCUUAUAUGUCUCCAGAGUCGGCCGCAGGACGUCCCCACGAUGUAGGGGAUGACGCCUGGGCAUUAGGCUUGCUGAUUACUGAGAUGGUUACAGGCCGCUUUAUGGCAGAUCGGCUUGGACGCGUUGAUAUGUCAGGAGCUGAGGUUCCAAGCAGAAACAUACUAGUAGCUCCGAACCCCUUUUUACACUUGCAUACACCUGUGGCGCUCAUUUGUCACAAACUCUUGCAACUGCGGAGACAAUCGGUGUGA